AGUAACCGAUCGGCCUUCACCUCAUGAGUUGGGCAUGUUUAAAUUACAUCUAUUUAAAAGCAAACCCCGUACAGCGGUUAGACCUUAUCAGACACACAGGUGACAGAUCUCAGAAAACUGAAAAUGUCGAAGCCGUUCGUUUUCGUUUCACGUGUUCCCCCUCCCCGGGGUAUGGAGCUGAUCGAGGAAUUCUGCACGGUGAAAGCGAUGAGGGACGAUCGAUUUAUAACCAGACAGGAAAUGUUGGAGGGUGUGGUCGGUGUGGAGGGAAUACUGUGCCACCCUCCAGAUAAAGUCGACAAAGAGGUGCUGGACAUCGCUGGAAAAUCGUUGAAAAGUGUGAGUACCAUGUCCGUCGGUUUGGAGCAUAUAGAUUUAACUGAGUGCAAAGCCCGAGGCAUAAGUGUCGGUUACACACCCGGGGUACUGACGGAUGCUACAGCGGAGACCACCGUCUCCCUACUACUGGCCACUUCACGCCGACUGAAAGAAGCAUUUUCUGCUGUUGUUGAUGGCGGUUGGGGAACUUGGGAAAAUGGACUGUAUUUGUGCGGGAAAACAUUGUUAGAAUCAACCGUAGGAAUAGUGGGAUUAGGCAGAAUAGGAUUGGCUGUUGCUAAGCGACUGCAGCCGUUUGGAGUCCAAAAAUUUCUGUAUAGCGGAAAUACCAAAAAAGAAUGGGCUUCGGAAAUUAAUGCUGAGUUUGUGAGCUUUGAACGUCUGCUAGGAGAAUCAGACUUUGUAAUAGCUUGCUGUUCUAUGAACAAGGAUAACGUGGGUUUAUUUAAUAAAAGUGCAUUCAGUAAAAUGAAGAACAACGCUAUUUUCAUCAACACGAGCCGUGGUGUCCUGGUUAAUCAAGAGGAUUUAUAUGAUGCAUUGAAGUCGGGGACUAUUUUGGCUGCAGGAUUAGACGUGACCAGCCCGGAACCCCUUCCGCGCGAACAUCCUCUACACACCUUGAAGAACUGCGUGAUUACCCCUCAUAUUGGAAGCGCCACGGUGUAUGCACGUAACGCGAUGGCGGAGCUAGCCGCUAAAAAUCUGAUCGCAGGCCUGAAAGGAAAAAGGCUGCCAUCGCCAGUACCACAAUGAAGUGGUUGUUGGACGAAUAUUGGGGAAUGCAGAAUAUAUAUAAAAUUUGUGUUCAAUAUAUUGUAUAAUUAGAGGGUAAAGCAAAUAUACCCAAUAAAACAGAAUGCCACUUAGUA